AGCAAAGUAACUCCGGACUACCCGAGCAGCCUGCGCCGAGCAUGGAGAGCGGCCGCGGACGGCGGGCUACGCGGGAGACGCUUUCGCCCGGGAGGUAGUUUGGCGACGUUGGAGGACAAAAGUGCCGGCGGGUGGCCGCGGCGUCCCCGCGAGCCCCCCACGAGGCCGGGCGUCCGUGUGGCUCCCGGAUUUCGCCGCGAUCCCCCGGAGGCUCUUUGCAAAGCUGUUCGAAACUUCUCCCAAACUCGCCAUGGAUGCGGCGGCGGCGGCGGCUCUGCUUGCUUUUGUGGCGCUCUGGCUCCUGUCCCCGUGGCCUCUACUGGGGUCUGCCCAAGGCCAGUUCUCCGCAGGUGGCUGUACUUUUGAUGAUGGACCAGGGGCUUGUGACUACCACCAGGAUCUGUAUGAUGACUUUGAAUGGGUCCAUGUCAGUGCACAGGAACCUCAUUACCUGCCUCCCGAAAUGCCUCAAGGUUCCUAUAUGAUAGUGGACUCCUCACAUCAUGAUCCUGGAGAAAAAGCUCGGCUUCAGUUGCCUACCAUGAAGGAGAAUGACACCCACUGCAUUGAUUUCAGUUACCUGUUAUAUAGCCAGAAAGGGCUGAAUCCUGGCACUUUGAACAUUCUAGUUAGGGUGAAUAAAGGACCUCUUGCUAAUCCAAUUUGGAACGUGACUGGAUUCACUGGAAGAGAUUGGCUUCGGGCUGAGCUAGCAGUGAGCACCUUUUGGCCCAAUGAAUACCAGGUAAUAUUUGAAGCUGAAGUCUCAGGAGGGAGAAGUGGUUAUAUUGCCAUUGAUGACAUCCAAGUACUGAGUUAUCCUUGUGAUAAAUCUCCUCAUUUCCUCCGUCUGGGGGAUGUGGAGGUCAAUGCAGGGCAGAAUGCUACAUUUCAGUGCAUUGCUACGGGGCGAGACGCUGUACAUAACAAGUUAUGGCUGCAGAGACGAAAUGGAGAAGACAUUCCUGUAGCCCAGACUAAGAACAUCAAUCACAGAAGAUUUGCUGCCUCGUUUAGAUUGCAGGAAGUGACAAAAACUGACCAGGAUUUGUACCGCUGUGUAACUCAGUCAGAACGAGGUUCUGGGGUCUCCAAUUUUGCUCAACUUAUUGUGAGAGAACCACCAAGACCCAUUGCUCCUCCCCAGCUCCUUGGUGUUGGGCCUACUUAUUUACUGAUUCAACUAAAUGCCAACUCCAUCAUUGGCGAUGGUCCCAUUAUCCUGAAAGAAGUAGAGUAUCGAAUGACAUCUGGAUCUUGGACAGAAACUCACGCAGUCAAUGCUCCAACGUAUAAGCUUUGGCAUUUAGAUCCAGAUACAGAAUAUGAGAUCCGUGUCCUUCUUACAAGACCUGGUGAAGGAGGAACAGGGCUCCCAGGACCUCCACUCAUCACCAGAACAAAGUGUGCAGAACCCAUGCGGACCCCAAAGACUUUAAAGAUUGCUGAAAUACAGGCAAGACGCAUCGCUGUGGACUGGGAGUCCCUGGGCUACAACAUUACUCGCUGCCACACUUUUAAUGUCACUAUCUGCUACCAUUACUUCCGUGGCCACAAUGAGAGCAAGGCAGACUGCUUGGACAUGGACCCCAAAGCCCCUCAGCAUGUUGUGAACCAUCUACCACCUUAUACGAAUGUCAGUCUCAAGAUGAUCCUGACCAACCCAGAGGGAAGGAAGGAGAGUGAAGAGACCAUCAUUCAGACUGAUGAAGAUGUGCCUGGGCCUGUGCCAGUCAAAUCCCUCCAAGGAACAUCCUUUGAAAACAAGAUCUUCCUGAACUGGAAAGAGCCUUUGGAGCCAAAUGGAAUCAUCACUCAGUAUGAGGUGAGCUAUAGCAGUAUAAGAUCAUUCGACCCAGCAGUUCCAGUGGCCGGGCCUCCGCAGACUGUAUCCAAUUUGUGGAAUAGUACACACCAUGUUUUUAUGCAUCUGCACCCUGGAACCACCUACCAGUUUUUCAUAAGAGCCAGCACUGUCAAAGGCUUUGGGCCAGCCACAGCCAUUAAUGUGACCACAAAUAUCUCAGCACCGACUCUACCUGACUAUGAAGGAAUUGAUGCCUCUCUGAAUGAAACUGCAACCACAAUCACAGUAUUAUUGAGACCAGCCCAAGCCAAAGGUGCACCUAUCAGUGCUUACCAAAUUGUUGUAGAGGAACUGCACCCCCAUAGGACCAAGCGAGAAGCUGGGGCCAUGGAGUGCUACCAGGUUCCUGUCACAUACCAGACCGCCCUGAGCGGGGGUGCACCCUAUUACUUUGCUGCAGAACUGCCCCCAGGGAAUCUCCCUGAGCCCGCUCCCUUCACCGUGGGUGACAACAGGACCUAUCAAGGCUUUUGGAACCCCCCUCUGGCUCCUCGAAAAGGAUACAACAUCUAUUUCCAGGCAAUGAGCAGUGUGGAGAAGGAAACUAAGACCCAAUGUGUACGAAUUGCUACAAAAGCAGCAGCAACAGAAGAACCAGAGGUGAUUCCAGACCCUGCCAAGCACACAGACAGAGUGGUGAAGAUCGCGGGCAUCAGUGCUGGCAUUUUGGUUUUUAUCCUCCUCCUCCUAGUCGUUGUAUUAGUUGUGAAAAAGAGCAAGCUUGCUAAAAAGCGCAAAGACGUAAUGGGGAACACACGGCAGGAGAUGACCCACAUGGUGAAUGCUAUGGAUCGAAGUUAUGCUGAUCAAAGCACUCUGCACGCGGAAGAUCCUCUCUCCAUCACCUUCAUGGACCAACAUAAUUUUAGUCCAAGAUAUGAGAACCACAGCGCCACAGCAGAGUCUAGUCGCCUUCUGGAUGUUCCUCGUUACCUCUGUGAGGGGACAGAGUCCCCUUACCAGACAGGACAGCUGCACCCAGCCAUCAGGGUGGCCGACUUACUGCAGCACAUUAAUCUCAUGAAGACAUCUGACAGCUAUGGAUUCAAAGAGGAAUAUGAGAGCUUCUUUGAAGGUCAGUCAGCAUCUUGGGAUGUGGCUAAAAAAGAUCAAAAUAGAGCAAAAAACCGAUAUGGAAACAUUAUAGCAUAUGAUCACUCCAGAGUCAUUUUGCAGCCCGUGGAGGAUGAUCCUUCUUCGGAUUACAUUAAUGCCAACUACAUCGAUGGCUAUCAGAGACCAAGCCACUACAUUGCAACCCAAGGUCCAGUUCAUGAAACUGUCUAUGAUUUCUGGAGAAUGGUCUGGCAAGAGCAGUCUGCUUGCAUUGUGAUGGUCACUAAUUUAGUUGAAGUUGGCCGGGUUAAAUGCUAUAAAUAUUGGCCUGAUGAUACUGAAGUUUAUGGUGACUUCAAAGUGACCUGUGUAGAAAUGGAACCACUUGCUGAAUACGUAGUCAGGACAUUCACCUUGGAAAGGAGGGCAUAUAAUGAAAUCCGUGAAGUUAAACAGUUCCACUUCACUGGCUGGCCUGACCAUGGAGUUCCGUACCACGCUACAGGGCUUCUUUCCUUUAUCCGGAGAGUGAAGCUGUCCAACCCUCCCAGUGCUGGGCCCAUAGUCGUGCACUGCAGUGCGGGUGCUGGACGCACCGGCUGUUACAUUGUGAUUGACAUCAUGCUGGACAUGGCUGAAAGAGAGGGUGUUGUUGACAUCUACAACUGUGUCAAAGCCUUACGAUCUCGCCGCAUCAAUAUGGUUCAGACAGAGGAACAGUACAUUUUUAUUCAUGAUGCCAUUUUAGAAGCCUGCUUAUGUGGAGAAACUGCCAUCCCUGUGUGUGAAUUUAAAGCUGCAUAUUUCGAUAUGAUUAGAAUAGACUCUCAGACUAACUCUUCACAUCUCAAAGAUGAAUUUCAGACUCUGAAUUCAGUCACCCCUCGACUACAAGCCGAAGACUGCAGUAUAGCAUGCCUGCCAAGGAACCAUGACAAGAACCGUUUCAUGGACAUGCUCCCACCUGACAGAUGUCUGCCUUUUUUAAUUACAAUUGAUGGGGAGAGCAGUAACUACAUCAAUGCUGCUCUUAUGGAUAGCUACAGGCAGCCAGCAGCCUUCAUUGUCACACAAUACCCACUACCAAACACUGUGAAGGACUUCUGGAGAUUAGUGUAUGACUAUGGCUGUACCUCCAUUGUGAUGUUAAAUGAAGUAGACUUGUCCCAGGGCUGCCCCCAGUACUGGCCAGAGGAAGGGAUGCUGCGAUAUGGUCCUAUCCAAGUGGAGUGUAUGUCUUGUUCAAUGGACUGUGAUGUGAUCAACCGAAUUUUUAGGAUAUGCAACCUAACAAGACCGCAGGAAGGUUAUCUGAUGGUUCAGCAGUUCCAGUACCUAGGGUGGGCUUCUCAUAGAGAAGUUCCUGGCUCCAAGCGCUCAUUUUUGAAACUGAUACUGCAGGUGGAAAAGUGGCAGGAGGAAUGUGAAGAAGGGGAAGGCCGGACGAUCAUCCAUUGCUUAAAUGGUGGUGGACGCAGUGGUAUGUUCUGUGCGAUAGGCAUUGUUGUGGAAAUGGUAAAGCGGCAAAAUGUUGUGGAUGUUUUCCACGCAGUAAAGACUCUGAGGAAUAGCAAGCCAAACAUGGUGGAAGCCCCGGAGCAGUAUCGUUUCUGCUAUGAUGUGGCUUUGGAGUACCUGGAGUCAUCCUAGUUAGGCGGGGCAUCCAAGCAGAAACCAUUCAUCUGUUGAGCCAGCAGCUGUUGAACCUGUUAUACCUGUGCAGAGAGAUUUUAAUGUGGGGGGUGGGAGGCUUUUACAUUUGAGAGGUAAAAGUAUUUUUCUUAUGAAGUUGUGUAUCUUAAUAAAAAGGACUUGAUGAGUUUCUAUUACUGUAUGAAAGCAUCAACUUUCGUGCCACACAAAUUAUAUUUAAUAAGAACCAGAUUCCAAUGAGAAAUGACCAGUGUUUGUACAGUGAAGAUACAGCCUUUUCUCUCCUGGCUUCAGUAGAGCAGCCACCACAUGUUGCAUGAACUUUUUAUGUGGCAUUUUUUCCCUUUUAAAAUGAAAGCUGUUGAACCUUUAAAAUGGAAAAGAAAAAAAGCUGUGCAAAUACAUAGUCAAUUUCAUUUUUAUAUGUUCCAAGUGUAGCAGAUAAAUAUAUAAAUAUAUGUAACUGGCUUAUUUUCCUUUAAUGUGCAAUGAUGGCUGGAUCAUUUAAAGUUCUUUUUAGAAAAUAACAUAAGCCAAAGACUCAAGUGUAAAUAUGUCUAUAUGGAGAAAGUACAUUAUAUUUAUUGGUUACUUACAUUCCUUUUUUUGAUGGUUAAAAUACUAUCACCACAGUCUUUUUUUUUUUUUUCAGAAGAAAGCUUUUUCUUUAGCUAAAAUCAGUUGUAAACGAUUUUUGUAGAUUAUUUUUUGUAUGUUUUAGUGUAAGUAGAGGAUAAACCUUUUUAUUCAUAAACCAGGAAGCAAUGUUAUUUGUAGUGAUUCCCUUGUGUACAUGCUUGUGAAUUCAAUUUAUGUAAAAGCCUUGGCAAUUGUCUUUCAAUAGAGGACCACAUUAAAACAUUUUGCUUAAGUGUAGUUUUUCACGGUAUCAUUAGGUCAAAAAUGUCUUAGGAAUCCCAUAAGACAAAGUCACACGUUAGAAGACAAUGCUGGUGGCCUGCACGAUGUGGAACAUCAUCUCCUUUAAACACUGUUUAAAUUUUAAAGGGAUUGAUCUCAGCCUGUGACCUAGCACUGGUCCAGACACAGGAUGGCAACAUUUAUGCUUUCAGGGUCAGGUUUUAGCAAGCUGCAAACUGCCACAGUGAUACAUUGUUUCUUUGGAUGUUUCUACACACAGGCUUUGGAUUCAGACCAUAGGAAAAUGUAAGCAAUCAAUGCCAAAUUCCUGUUUCUUGUGUUACCCUGGGAUUCCCCAGUGAACUUUCCUAAAUGUGGUCUUGUUCACAGGCUCCCUGUAGCUUAACUUCACACCAUUGGCUUGCAGUUUGUUAUUGACUAAAGCAUUCCAGUGUCCUCUUUCGAGAUUGCCAGUUCAUGACAUGGUGCUUUUAAAGAUUUAAUUAAAAUAAGAGUGGAAUAAAGUUUUUAUAAUUACAGCA